CACACACACAGACACAGAGUAAUCAGUGAGUGAGCGUCACCAGGUGAGCCAGGUAGACCUUCGUACCCGGAAAGAAACAGAUUUAAUCGAGCGACUCCAUUUCCAGACAGCGUGAUGGCUCAGAGGAACAUCCAGCAGGAGUUCCAGGAUCAGUUUAAUGAUGUUGUUUCCAGACUGCAGUCCAAACAUUUCUUCCAGUCUGACUGGGACAUCGCCUCCUUCGCCAUCUUCUUCAUCUUCAUCGGUAUGGUUCUGCUGCUGGUCAUCCUUGUCCUCAUCCGCUGCUGCUGCUGCUGCUGCUGUGAGGACAACAAGCCUCGAAGACGGAAGGUUGGAAUAGACAACAUGGCUCUGGAGCCCUGACAGCUGAUCUGCUCUGAUGAAGUAUUGACACUGUGGUUAAUGAAGACACACCCUGUGCCAAAGCACAAACUUCUAUUUUACUGUCACCUCUCUUUAAAAAAAAUAACCUACUUGCACAUAGAAUGAAUAGUUGCUGACAAGCUGUUUGCUACCCAGCUAUGGAAAUCUUAACAUGUGAUGUUGUUGACUGUCACCACUGUGUGAGGUUUAUUGCUAGGAUACCAGAGUAGGAAAGCAGCCAUGGUCACACUGUGGUUUUACAUUUGAAUGACAUUUCCUUUUACUUACAUUUUAAUUUGAUUUUUUUAC